GCCCGUUAAGCGAAAGCUUCUGUUCCACCCAGGACCGUAUGAACAAUUUGAGCCAUUUAGUGUUGAAUACCUAUAAAAUCAUGUAUUUUAAAGAUAUUCAAGACAUCAAAAACUACUUGAGAUAUAAUAUUUUCAUAAUUAUAUUUGACAAGAUAUUCAUAGAUAUUUUAAAAGAUUUAAAUGGGGAUUGAACUAUAUUGCGCAGAGUUUGUAGGUAGUGUUACGAAUCAUCAUUGGUUGUUCAUGUUAUGUUGAACAUUUUGUCAUUAGUGGACUAAAUGUUUUUGUAAUCUAGAAAUUUAUUGUCAUUUCCAAAUAUAUAUAAUUUAUGAGUCACAAAUCCAUAAACCAUCAGCGGUCAACUUAAGUGUCUUUCUAAUGCUACUCUCUAGAGAAGGAUUUCAUUUUUUUGUGAAGAUUUUACUUCAAUAUUAGCUCAUCUCCAAACUUACUCUAUGUUUCUCUGUCCAUAGAACGUUUCUGCUUUGUUAUCGCGAUUGAAGUUGCGAGCGGAGUUAGUUCGACGCUGACAUAGGACUACAAUAUAUUUGUAUUGUGUUAAGUUUAAUGACUAUGUAUGUGGGGUGUCUUUUAUGAAGCUUGCUAUCUAGACUUUAUUGUGCUUAUUUUCUAGGAGUGUAAAUAAAUCAAACUACUGAGAUCAUGAAUUUUGUGCUUAUGCCUAACGAAUAUGGUUCUUGUCGACGGCUGACAAUUAUUCACACUGGUUUAAAUCUUUGCUUAUCAUUUGAGUCUAGUAGUGCCUUUAUCUCAUGUUGGUUUUCUGAACAACGAAAUCCUCACGUCGUUAGUUUUUCUUACAAAGUAGUCCUGUGUCGGUCCAUUUAUGCUAUGUCUUUGCAACGCCAAAAGAUCUGAUGGUAUAAUUACAAACAGGAAAUGUUUGUAUCGUCGCUAUUGUUAAAUGAAAUUGAUGUCAUCAAUUUCUCCCAAUCUGUUCGUGUACGGCUGCUACUAGGCUUUUGUUUAAGUUUAAGACAUUUGUGUUUCUCACUAAAGGGUCGGUUUUCAACUCAUAUCAUCUGAAGGUUAAUAUAUCACAGCUAAUAAUACUCAUGCGACCCAUUCUUUCUGUUAGUAAUUUUCAAGUUAUUGCCGUAGCUUACUAUAAAUAUGUCAUAUUUCAACUAUUUUCAAAGAACAGCGUACGUUAUUGUAUUCUUACAAUUUGAUGCAUGUCCCAACAAUAUUUAUCAGAUGCUGUUUUAACUUAUUUAUUAUUUUUAAACGGUAUCAUCUUGUUUUGUCUUAACUGCAGUGAAAAGUUAUUUCAUCACACCACUUAGCAUAGACUAAUUGGAUUUUAUUUACCCAUAUCUUCAGAUCAUUGGUUCAUAAACGACAAGUGGAUAUAUUUUUGGUGCUGAUAAAUCCGUUCGUUAGUAAAUGUAUACUAAAUUCUUAACUUACUCUCGUCUCCGGCUAGUCCAUCAGCGUUAGAAGCAACUGAGAGUAUUAGAAUGCUGUACUGUUUCUUCCAUGUUUUUAACAUGCGUACAGAAACUCGUAAGUGGAUGGUUACACAUAAUUUACUCAAACGUCGUGAUGCAUUUAGAAAUAUGAAUUUCUCUUUGAUAAUCACUUUUAAGGGAUAGAUCGUUUGUCAGUUGAUUAACUUACUGACUUAUAUUGGGCAGGUGACAGUUCCGUUUAGUGGAAAUGCUGAUAGAAUGUAGUCUUUUGAUCGCCUUGACCAUCAAUUCAGUAUAUAUGAAAUACAUCCCUCUGGAUGUAUAAUUUUGUUUCAAAACUGGUCUACGUCAACAUCGAAUGAUAGGGAGUAAAGUAGUUGAGCGAAUCAACCAAUUCACUUAUCUUGGUAGCCUCAUAAACUGUUUUGUAUUAGUGUGUGGUAAAAUCCUAGCACGGAUCCAAAGGUUUUUAUCGGUCUUUACUGGCUUAAGUCACUUUUAGCAUAAGCGAGAUUUGUUCGCCAACCAAAGACAGAGUAUAAUACACUGCAGCUUGUUCAAUUCUACGAAAAAAAAAUGCAUCACCAUCUUUUUUUCAUUUCCAUACUCCAUUUUUACUCCCCGUGAUGUUGAACAUCGUAGCGGCUUACGUGUUUACUUAAUUACUUCAGGUAUGGUUUCCUGUUUUUGUCACACCAAAGUUUCUUUAUGUAUAUUUGUAGAGUAUACUACGGGUUUUUUUCUGUUUUGUACAUACUAUUCCUUUCCCUCUAGAUUGGACAGUAAAGUCAUGCAGUCAUUUAGGUGUAUACUCACGAAAGGGAUUCCAUUGCAAAUUGCCUAUCGAUAUCGAAGUUAUGGUAUCAGAUUAAAAAGUUUUGAUCCACCUUAUUUGUCUGUCAAACCACCUAUUCAUAUUUAUCAAAGUGUGCAGUUUGAUGUAAGAGGACAUAACUACGUGCAGCUAGAGAAGUUCACUUCAUACAUUCACAAGUUUUUCAUCAAUUGUGGUUAUGAAGUUGAAAAUUUUCCACUGCCUCCCAGCAAGAAGCUCUAUCGACUGUAUCAUACUAAUUCGACAAAUAUCCGGUCAGAUUUCGAAAUAUCUGAAUUUCGAAGAAUAUAUAGAAUAUCGGGUGUGAGAGCUGUUCAGUUACCAAUAUUAUUAGAUCUGAUCUACCAGAAUUUAUCUUCAGGGAUUAACAUUCAUAUCGGAAAGACGGAUACUUCCUUAGAUGAAAAUCGUUUCGUUCCACAACUUGAAAAAGAAGCAUUGGAAAAGGAACUGUCGAAACUCAAAUUUUAAAAAUUUCCUGAUUUUUGGCAUUUUGUACACAAAUUCAACUAGUUUUUAAGCAUUGACAUUUCUGUUUAUUGUUCUAUUCGAUCGAGAUCUUAAGGUACAUAAAAAGCUUCCAUGUCAGGAAUUCGAUUAUGGUGAAAAAUGUCCGUAUAAAUAAGGCGUAAAAUAUCCAUCUAUCAUUAAUACUUUUCCAUAAUUCUCAUGUAAUAAAGAGUAACUUUUGAGUUCAUCUCCCUAAAUCUUUUAUUACAUUUUGCAAGUAACGAUUAAGCGUUGAUUCACUGUAUGAUUACAUUACUAUAUUUCCUAACUUAAGCAAUAGAAGCCAUUCAUAUAUUCAUCUUUAACAUAUGCUGUUAGUAAGAAGCGAAUAAUAAACCACCAAUUUAGUUAUAUUUGCUCAUCAAAGUAGUUUAUUUAGUUGAUAUUAUAAAUUGUAUAUGUACAUUAAGUUGUUAAUUAUGUAACGUUAAGUAUUAUUCAGUUCAUUGUAUUCACACACGACUAGUGAUUAGAUAGGUAAAUCAGAUAUCAUUUGGUGUAUAUAUAGUUUUGCAUUUAUUUUUGAUGGAUAAUAAAGUUUUUAUCUUUGG